AUGUCUACUAAAAGUGAAACCAUGACUUCCAUUUCUGAAGAAGAAACGAAGAAAUCCAACAACUUUAAACUGACUAAUGUCAACACCUUAGUAGCUGAAACUCUUCAAAUAGAAACUCCUACAAGUGAAGAAGAAAAGCCAUCAAAACUUGUUUCAAUACUAUCAGAAAUUAAACAGAUGAAAAUUGAACUACUAAUAUUCAUAUAUAUGUUUUCGUACGCUAUAAGAAUGGUGUCACAGGCAACUAUUAUAAUGGACAAAGUCUGCGUAGUUCAUUUUAAUCAUUCCAAAAGCUUUUGUGAGAAUAUAUCAUUUUACCCUGAAUACAAAAGUGAAGUUGUGAAAUCAUUUAAUAAUUAUACUCUUGGUCAGAAUUUCUUAGUAUAUUUACCAUCUGCAAUUCUUGUUAUUUUCGUUGGAUCUUGGAGUGAUAAAUACAGCCGCAAGGUACCUUUAAUUGUUGCUUUUGCUGGGAUGAUAAUUGAUGACGCACUCAUGACCAUUUUUGCUGUAUUUCUGUACACUAGAGCAGAACUUCUGUAUACAGCUGCUUUUUUCAGUGGAUUUUCGGGAAGUAACAUUGUAGUGAUGGCAGUAGCCUACAGUUAUGUGUCAGAUGUGUCCAGUGUUAGUAACAGAACAAUGAAAUAUACGCUGUUUAAUGCGGCAUAUGGCAUUUCAAUGCCUUUAGGUGUAAUAGUGAGCGGUUAUAUAUUCAUGUUUUAUGGAUACGUUACGAUAUUCUCGAUAGCCACAGUUGGCCAUGUUCUUUCGCUUGUUUGGUUGAUAUUUAUGAUAAAAGAAACCAAAGGGUUGGAAAAUAAAGAAAGCUGGAUACAAAUGAUGCGCAAUUUCGUGUCAACUGAAAACAUUACUGGAAGUUAUCGUGCAGCGAUGAAGAGACGUCCAAACCGUGGCAGGCUGCAAAUAUUUUUGCUUGCGUACUGCAUGAGUCUCGCCAUAUUACAUCAAGCAUCUCUGAGUGCAAUCGGGUAUUCAUAUGCUCAUCAACGGUACAACUGGGACAACACCACAUUCUCUACUGCGUUUGGAAUAUUAGCUACCAUUGGCACUUUUUCUUCGCUGUUCAUCGUUCCAUUGUUCAAGAAAUUGAAUCUUGGGGAUGCAGUACUUGGUUUCGCUGGAUCUGUUUGCAUAAUAUUGAGAGGGCUUUUUGCAGGACUAGCAUCGACUGAAUACCUUUUUUAUGCAGCAAAUUUGAUUGGUUCUCUGGCAAUUUUGGUUCCUUUAGCUGGUCGAUCAAGGAUUUCUAAAAUUGUGUCUAAAGAUGAAAUAGGAAAAAUCUUCUCAUUUCUCUCGAUGGUGGACUCUCUUUUACCAUUUAUCGCCACUGCUGCUGUUUCACAAAUAUUCAAUGCUACUUUGGAUUUUUUCCCCGGAAUGAUUUUUAUUCUUCUUAGUGUUUUGUCAGUGGGACAAGUCUUGGUAUUUUGGUGGAUAACACGUUUACCAAACGCAGGCAUUGAUGAGAAUGAAGACAUGCCAGAAAAAAAUGAAAGCACAGAAAUAAACUCAAAGGAAGCUAAGGACGUUGAAAAAUAA